AUGGACCGAUGUCAAGACCCAGUCUACCUUCGCCUUCGUCGAAACUAUCUCAUAAUCUACCUACUAGCAGCCUUCGUAGACUGGCUGCAGGGCCCCUACCUCUACACCAUCUACUCGACCUCAAACUACACCAAAACCGACAUCUGCUUGUUCUACAUAAUAGGUUUCGCAAGCAGUGGAGUCUUCGGUGUUCUGGUAGGUCACUUCGCCGACAAAUUUGGCAGAAAAAAGAUGUGCAUCAUCUACUUCCUCUCGACCAUCCUCACAUGCUCCUGCACAAUCUCGAAGGAUCGAAAUGUUCUGAUGAUGGGGAGGGUCUUCGGAGGGGUCUCGACAUCAAUCCUCUGCUCGACCUUCGAGUCCUGGUACGUGGGGCAGCACCUCUCUCGUCAUCACCUCGAUAAAGAUCUGAUCAGCACAACGUUUGCCAAAGCAACAUUCUACAACGGAUUGACUGCAAUCUCCAGUGGUUUCCUGUCAUCUCUGCUAGUUGACACCUUUGGAUAUGGCCCAGCGACUCCAUUCGUCUUUUCCAUCCCCAUAUCCAUGCUCUCAGGGUGUCUCUGCGCUGUCCUCUGGGGGGAAAAUGUGGAGAUCAGUAAAUCCAAAUCAAUGGAUGUCUUCAGGGGCGUGAGGAUUAUCUUCUCGAGGGAAGGUAGGGCCUUGAUCUUCUUGGGGGUCGUGCAGAUCAUUUUUGAGACUGUCAUGUACGUAUUUGUGUUCCUGUGGACUCCUGUACUCGAACCCAUGGAUCCCAGCUUUGGUUUCAUCUUCGGGAUAUUCAUGAUAUGCAUCGGAAUUGGAAGCUUUCUGCACUCGUUCUUCCAGAGCUACUUCGGCGUGUCUGUGGAGAUUUUACUCUGCUGCAGUGUUCUCCUGGGACUGGGAAGCAUAGCCACUUGUGCUCUGGGGGUUCAUCUUCAGAAAGAUGAGUGGUUCUUGGCCUUUGGGACUUAUCUGUGUUUCAUUGGCUUCAUGUUCUUCGAAAUUGCAGUGGGACUGUACUUCCCAGCUGUGGGGUUCCUCAGAGGGGUUGUUGCUCCUGAGAGCCUCAGGGCUAGCAUCGUCAAUUGGAUAAGACUCCCCUGCAAUUUUCUCGUUGUGGCUGUUUUGUUUUAUAUUAAGAUUGGGGGCACUGAUAAUCAGAUGAUGUUUGUCAUUAGCACAAUAGGACUUGGUUUCACUGCCCUUUAUUCCUUCAAGUUUGUCAGAGUUUAUGAGAAGUCCGAGGGGGAGCAGCAAUGCUGCUGUACUUUGAGCCUUUGA